AUAAAGGUUAAGCGAACAACAAGUUUGUACAUUCCUUAGACUAUCUGUGCAAACAGAAGGUCCGUCCAAAAGGUUUUUGAUUAUGUCUGGGCUACAGCCAGGAGAAGUUGUUUCUCAAAAACAAAAAUUGUUCGAAUCUUUAAAAGGAGGGGAUAAACAGGUGCUCAACAAUGAAGACGGUUACGUACACAAGCUCGACGACUUAAAACGCUUACAAAGGUUUCUCAUUAUGGGAACUGAAGGCGGGAGUUAUUACGCGAAAGAACAAACACUAACACGGGAAAACAUCAGUUGCCUCGACAGACUUAUAAGCGCUGGUAAAGGUCUACAAGCCGUUAAUGAGAUAAAAGAGGUCAGUGUAAACAGACGUAACGUAAAGCAGAAUUCUGUGUUACUUGCAUACUCGAUAUGUGCAAGAUGUAACGAUAAGGACACAAAAAGAGCCGCAUACGCCGUAAUAUCCGAAGUGUGCCGAAUACCAACACACUUGUUCAUGUUUGUCAAAUUCUGUGAACAAGAAAGCAAGAAUGAUAUACAGGAUGCAGUCUUUGUGGGAUCAGGAUGGGGCAGAGCACAUAAGCGAGGUAUCAGUAAAUGGUACACAGACUUUGUGAAUCAGCCCGAAAAACUGGCUCGUUUGGUCUCAAAGUUUAAAAAUCGGGAAGGUUGGACUCAUAAAGAUUUGUUAAGGCUAGCACACACAAGUACUCGAGACAGAUCAGUUGGCUUUAUUUUAAGAUUCAUUGUCAGAGGAUUGGAAAAGGCGCGUGAAAUGUAUAUUGACAAUGCAAUGGACACGGACAAUGAUACUAUCUCACAACUUGACAGACUUGACAAACUAUUCACAGCUUUUGAAAAAGCAUCCAACUGUUCAGACGAGCAGGAACUUUGUUCUUUGGUCCGGGAAUACGAGCUCACAUGGGAACAGUGUAAUUCCGCCUUGUUGAAGAGUAAAGAAGUCUGGAUGACUUUAUUGCCUCAUAUGCCGAUAGAAGCAGCCGUACGGAAUCUUGGAAGAAUGACGAGUUAUGGACUGUUUACUGAUAAAAGUGACAGCGAAAAACUUAUCCUAGAAAAGAUUCUUUCAAUAGGUACUUUGGAUGAAAGCGUUGCUCGCACAGAAAUUAAGAUAGACACCGAUGAUUCUGAGGCCAAAGGGGAUCAGAGCAGAGUGAAAGCUAAAAGGAAAAACUUGUUGCAUCCGUUCAAAAUAUUAUUGGCAAUAAUAACCUACAAAGCAGGGAAAGGUGACAAAGGAAGUCUCCAGUGGAUUCCAAACAAGAACAUAAUCAUGGCAUUGGAUACAGCCUUUUAUCAGGCCUUUGAAGGUGUCGAGCCCACGGGCAAGAAAUUUUACCUUGGUGUAGACGUUAGUGGAUCUAUGUCACAAGGAGUUUUAGGAAUUGAGAAUAUGACGUGCGCAACAGCUGCAGCGGCCAUGAUGAUGGUCACGGCCAGGACAGAACAGAAUUGUAUCAUUAAAGGCUUCAGCUAUGAUAUGAGAAAUAUUGGCAUAAAGCCAACAGAUAGCCUUGCAGAAGUUGAGAAGAAAAUGAAUGUUAUACCUAUGGGGUCAACAGAUUGUGCGAAACCAAUGCUCGAUGCCAUGGAAAAUAAAAUUAAAGACAUUGAUGUCUUUGUGAUUUACACAGACAACGAAACAUGGUUCGGCCGAAUACAUCCAUGUGAAGCUAUCAGACAGUACAGGAAGUACUCCGAGAGACGGAAUGCCAAGCUGGUUGUUGUUGGAAUGUGUGCCACAGAGUUCACUAUUGCCGACCAAGACGAUCAGAACAUGAUUGACGUAGUAGGCUUUGACUCUGCUGCACCAAGACUUCUUUCAGAAUUUGCAUUGGACAGAAUAUAAAGAACUGCACAUUAUACAUAUAUUUUUAAAUGAUUGUUAAAUGAAUCACAUUUUAAGUCAAAUAGAUUAGAAUUUGACCAUGUGUUCAUUUUGCGGCAUAUAAAAAAACUUUACUUAAGAAGGAGCGAUAUGUAAAUAAGUUCAUUGGAAGAAGUAUGAAAAAGAAAAAUGAAAUGCAAUGAAAAUGAGGAACAAUAUACUUUUUGUAGUAUUACGAUACACUCUAUACUGAAGAAAUGUUUGAAAAUACGUAUGCUGUAAGUUAAUGCUGUUAAUAUCUUAAACUUGAACUUGUCACGUGUGUUAAAAUGGGGAUGCCAAUAAAUUACCUUGAAGUUUAUAGAUCUUGAUAAGUCUACUUAUUCAAGAUCACUCGAUGAAUCUUUUACUGUAGAAAAUGUUUAUGACUAUUCUGAUUUCAAACCGUUUCAAGAAUUGGUGGUUAUUAAAUCAAAGUUGCAUAACUCGAUAAAUAAAUACUGGGUAUUACAGCUUAUUCUAAGAUCAGGUUUUUCUAUAAAAAAAGUAAAAAAAUAUUAUAAAUAGAUGUACAUUAAUUAAAAGUAGUUCCACGUUAGAUUAACUUAACCUAACAGUAUCAUUUGUUGUUAAAUAACUAUAUUUUUGAUGUUUUGUUUUGUUGAUGUUGCAUACCAUAUACAUUUGUAUAUAUGUUUUGUAUAAAAGUCCUCGACUGUAUGAAAAAAAGUUUAAUUACUUUAUUUAUAUGUAAAUACUUUUUUGAAGAACAUUUUGCCAUAAAUAUAAUAGCAUAAUAAUUUGUAAAUAUAUGCUUUAGCUAAUUGUCUUGUACAUAAGAAAAAUAUAAAUUGUAAUGUGUUGCAUUGAUUGUGUAAAUAAAUACUUUACAUCGU